UAUUCCCUUGUAGGGUCGGUAGGGAGCAGUAAGUGUUCUUCCCUCCCCGCACUGCUUCAUGUGAUACUGGUUUGUCACAGUCUAUGAGUGGUUGUCAGGGACUGGCAAGCUGGUGCACUCUUUGGGGGGAUAGUUCUUUACUUGUUAACAUGUCUAUGUACCGAAAUGCCAUCUGGUUUUUGAAUGGAAUCCACCAAUAUACGAGGAAGGGCUAUGAGGCAGCAUCUAAAGACUUUGAGCCCCAGGACCUGGAUGUGUCCGUUGUGGGAAGGUCUUUUAUGGUCACCGGAGCCAACAGCGGAAUCGGCAGAGCAACAGCCAUGGCAAUAGCCAAGAAAGGUGGGACGGUCCAUAUGGUGUGUAGGAACAAAGAUAAAGCAGAAGAGGUCAGGGAGGACAUUGUCGAUCGGUCUGGGAAUACGGAGGUAUACAUCCAUAUUGUGGACAUGUCAGAGACACGCAAAGUCUGGCAGUUUGCAGAGGCCUUUAAAAAGCAGUAUCCAUCCUUGAAUGUGUUGAUAAAUAAUGCAGGGUGUAUGGUGCACAAGAGAGAGCUAAACGCCGAGGGACUGGAGAAGAACUUUGCCACCAACACUAUGGGGGUGUAUAUACUCACCCAGACUCUUAUACCACUAAUACAGAAGAGCCGGGAUCCAAGAGUGAUCACUGUGUCCUCAGGAGGCAUGCUGGUCCAGAAACUCAGAGUUGAUGACUUGCAGUCAGAGAAGGGCUACUUUGAUGGCGUCAUGGUCUACGCCCAGAACAAGAGACAGCAGGUGGUGCUGACACAACAGUGGGCCAAAGCCAACCCUGUUAUUCACUUCUCUGUGAUGCAUCCAGGCUGGGUAGAUACACCAGCUGUUUCCACAUCAAUGCCUCAGUUUCACCAGAUGAUGGGGGAGAGACUGCGCAGUGUAGAGCAAGGAGCCGACACCGUUGUAUGGUUGGCUUUGUCUCGAGCUGCUGCCAGAACAUGCAGCGGGCAGUUCUUUCAAGAUCGUAAGCCCGUUCCUGUUCACCUGCCUCUGGCCUGGACUCACAGCUCUAUGCAAGAGAUUCAGAGUUUCAUGACUCAGCUGGAGACUCUGGCCCGAGUUGUUCAGUCACAACCAGAUCCAGAGCUUAACAGUCUCCUGAGCCCCUCCACACCUCAGUUUGUCUAAAUUCUUAAUUGUCUGAUGUACCUGUUAUACCAUAUGUCAUUAAAUUAUUAGUAACAAUCAGACCAAAUGUUACUAAUACUGGAAAAAUGUGACACAGUUGUCAUAUUUUGUCUGAACCUCUGCUGUUAGGACGGUUCAUAACUCAGUGUCAGCGAUGUCAACGUAUGUUAACUGGUCUGUUUUUGCACUGAAAUUUUGAUUUAAUAAAUCAUUGAAUUUA